AUUUAUAAGGCUGGUGGUGCAUAAAGGAAGAUCAACCCAACUUCCAAGACGUCGUUUUUUGUCUCAACCUCUCAAUACACUUCCUAUCUCACACUAACCUAGACAAUUCCUACCAAUGGCAACCCUCGCGAAGACCGUCGUCGCUACUGGCGCCACCUCUGGCAUCGGGUUUGAAUUGGUGAAGCAGCUUCUUACCCAGACGCAGCCUUACAAGUUCAUCCUCGCAGCUAGGGAUGCCAAGACAGCGCAGGCCGCUUUUGACAGCCUCAAGUACGACACUAGCAAACACAGCUUGACUAUCAUCCCAUCCGACUUAACAAACCUGAAAACUGUCAAGACUUUCUCUCAGCAAGCUCUUGAAAAGAUUGGGCAAGAUAAGAUCGAUUACCUGAUGCUCAAUGCGGCAACAGUAAAGACUGUAGAUGAGCCUGGCGUGUCUAAGUGGUGUGGAACUUACAUCGUGAACCACUUAUCCCAACAUUACCUCGUUCACCUACUCCGAGAGAAAUUGGAGGCAUCCCAAUCGCGCCUAGUAUUCGUUUCCUCUGGAGGUAUUCGCCUAAUAGACGACCCUAGUGUACUAGAUGAAAGCGUCAAGCGUAAUUCAGGGACGAAGCGAGAUCUCUACCCCGACACCAAAUUCAUCGCGCUCCUCGGAGCUCACUGGUGGCGUCGCCAACUCCAAGGCAAAUGCAAAGUCGUUGCCGUUUCCCCUGGCCUAAUACCCACCACGGGUCUUUAUCGCCAAACUGACAUAAAACUCCCCGCAGACCAUCCUGACGCGAAGAGUGUCCCGGUAGGCGCCCAAAGUGUCCUCGCAGCUUUCACACGAGACGACUUCCCCGAGGAUCCGGACCGAAUCUUCUUGACGAGUUGGGGUGAGUGGUGGGAGUCGGAUGUCAUUAAGCUUACUCUGGAUAAGAAGCUUCAAGACAAGUGGUGCCCGAGUAAGGACGAGGUUGAGAAGGAAGAAGGUAUCACCGCGUAAUCCGUGUGAUCAUUUGCUAAGAUGACAGGGAUUUUAGGGGUUCAAAGGGAUGAAAGUGAAAGGACUAAUGCGCUUUGGGUAAAAAAACCA